AGCAGUAUCUAUCAGCAGUGCGGGUGCAUUCUGCAUUCCCCCAAAAACCGGAUGGAACCCGGCAGACUCGACUCACUCAAAGCAACUAUUAUAGUCAGCAAUUAUGGAUAUUGGUGGUUUCUUGAAUCUUUUGUUCCUGUGCUAAGUGAAUUAAGCUAGGACUACACCAUACCAUCAAGGUAUAGAAGUAGUGCACAAAAUGAAGAUGAUAGAGACAAGCAAAAAGGAGGCAAAGUGGAGACUUGACCAUGAAGAGGAGAUUUUGUCAAAGGCUGAGGACUUGAAAAGACCUUGCACAGUUUGCAGGGUGGGUUUGUUUGCCAAAGAUGCUCAUAGACACCCAGUCUUGGGUGUUGUGGUGUGCCAGAAAUGCUUUGACUUCUACAACUUUGGCGAGUUUUCUGAGGACGAAGAAGGUGAUCAGAAGUACUGCGCUUGGUGUGGACAGGGAGGAAUCAUGAACUACUGUAGCAAAGACAAAUGCGGUGCUUUUUGCAAGGUCUGCAUCAAGAAAAACCUUGGAGAUGAAGAAUUUGAGAAGGUCACUGAUGAUGACUGGCUCUGCUAUUUUUGCAACAGCAAGCCACUUUGGAAGCUUCGUGCCUACUGCAAUGCUACGAUCGAGAGAAUGGAAGCAAAGAAAAGAGAAAAAAUACCCCAAAACAUGCUCGAGCUCCUAAAGAUGAGCUCGGAAGAAGCUCACAAACGCAGUGAUAGCAAUUCUGCUGGAGUAAAGUCAUCUGAAGAAGAUGAAGACGCCUCUAGCAACAGCAGACGUGCCCAAAAUCUCCGAAGUAACUCUGUUGGAAACAAGCGUAGCAAAAGUAAACCUGCCACAGUUGAGUCAUCUGAUGAAGAUCAGGGUGUUCAAAGUACCAGUAAAAAUCGCCAAAAUCAGUCAAGUAGCUUGAAGCGCAACAAAAGUAAAGCCGCCUAUGCUGAUUCACCUGAAGAAAACGAAAAUGAAUGUGUUCCUAGUACAAGCAAACAUCUGUUUAAGAAGUCUAGCAGAACCAAUGUUAAUCAGCGCAAUGCAAGCAAAACAGCUAAAGCAGAUUCAAGUGAAGGUGAUGAAGAUGAGGGUGCUCCUAGAACCAGCAGGCAUCCAAGGAAUCCCCUCACUGGCACUAAAAUAAGUAAGAAGAGAGAAGUUAGAAAAUUGCCUUCAGAUGAGGACUUGGAAAAUGAAGAGCACAAAGACGGCAGCCAUGUUCAAGUGAUAAAUGCGAAAUCCAAAUUCCAACAAAGACCUGGUGUCAACUGGAUCAAUUCUUCUCUGGAUGACUACCGUAUAUUCAUUGCAAAAAAUAAAAUCUCCAUCAAUAAAUUGCAUGAUAAAAGCAAGGACUUGCACAGAAACUCGAGUGAAGAGGAAGUGACAGAAACUUGUGAUGCAAUUUUGAAUUUUUACAGAAAAUGUUCUAAAGCGUUUGAGUUAUACUUGGUAUAUUUCAAAGAAGAUUAUGGCAAGUGGCGACAAAAGUUGCCAGGUUCAGAUGUCGCUGUUAGCAAAGGCGAAGAAUCCCAUUCGGAUUCGACUGAUUUUGAAGAUGUCCAAGACAAAGAAAUGGAAUCUGAACCUUCUCUUGAAGAGGUAGAACCUGAAGUUCAUCGUAAUGAAGAAACUGAAAGUGAAACUGCUCAAGGCAAAGAAAGCGAUCCUAAGGCUGUUCAUGAUGAAGAACUGGACAAAGAUACUGCUCAAGCCCAAGACAUGAGCAAUGAUGAAGACCCUUUUGCUGAUUUUGAUGAGAAAUUGAGAAAGAACGUUUCUAAAACAGGGAAGUCAGCAUCUCCGGACGAAAGUCGCAAGGAAAAUAAAAAUCCCAACCCUACAAUUGCACCAGUUACGGUUGAUGGGGAUGUCACAAGUGGAUCUACGCAAAAAGGGACUGCUAGAGAACCCAAAUCGCGUGCUGAUAAAGCGGAUAUUGAGAUGGACCAUGCUAUCUCAGUUGAAGCGAGAAGUGGCAAAGGUAGAGAAGAGGACAAGAAAGUCAAGAGUGUUGAAGAGCGAGAGGAUGACGCUGAGAAAAGUUUUUCUUCUGAAAUGGGCAUGAAUGCGAGCAAUCACUAUGAUGGAGAAGAUGGGAUGGAUUUGGUCGAUCAUGAUCAAUAUGCUGAUGAAUCGGAGGAUACCUAUUUCUCUGGAGAUGAAGAGACAAAUGCAUUGAAAGAAGAAGAAUGUUUGCAAAACCUUUUGAAAAACUCUGAUUCUGAGGUGGAGAGUGCUCAGAAGACGAGUAAAAAAAGGAAAGUGAAAAAAUCAACUGCCAAGAUCAAGAGCUCUCCUGCUGAGGCUAAACUUAAGCGGUUCAUUCCUUCAAAUUGGGAAGAGUUUCAAGAUGAUGAUAAACUUUGCGCAACACCUAUUGUAGAACUCAAACAAAUCAAGAUCCCCAAGAAGUCAAAGCGUAGAACGUCAAGACGUCACGACUCGGACAAUAGUGAAACUGAAAUUGCAAAUCUUUGCAAUUUGGAUGCAGUGGAAAACCCAUCUGCUACUUCCACCAAAAAGAGUGGAAUACGAACCAAGACAACAGCGAAAUUGAUGAAACUGGAAGAACAAGAUUCUAGCGACUCAAGUGCGGAUGAAUUGGCUCCUGAUUCAGACACCCCUAUCGACCGAUCUCCCAAAGAUUUGGACCUUAUAGACGAAUCAGAUGAUGAACAGAAAGCCAAGAACGCGCUUCUGUUAGAUUCUGAUGACGAAGAAGAUGGGGGUUCUGACACGAAAAAGAAGCGUCUAAAUAAAUCAAAAGUCAGGAAAAGGAGAAUCAUUGAUGACAGUGAUGAUGAGAAUACUGAUUGGAUGAAGGCAAAGGAGUUGAACACAAGGUUGGAUGUUGAUUCAACGGAUGAAGAAGGAGAAAGAAAAAGGGUCAAAGUGAAGAAACAGACUGUUGACUCGGACAACUCCUAUGUAGCAGCAAAUUCUGAAACAUCAGACAGUGAUGACGUUGUCUUGCGGAAGAAGCCCAAUAAGAGAAAAACGUCCAGCAAAUCUGAUGAAAGUGAUAGUGAUUCUGACAUCUUCAAGGAUUUAAAAAAGUCCAAGAAACGAAAGCGAAUCAUUCAACAUGAGAGCUCAGAUUCAGAAUGUGAAGUGUUCUAUGAAGGGAAAGGCUCUUUGAAUAGUUCUGGAAGCCCAGGCAAAAUGAGGAAGCGCAAAAUACUUAGAAAAGAUGAACUUGAAUUGGCAACACAACAAGCUGCUAAGGAAGAGAAAGAGAGGAUCAAGCGUCAGCAAGAACUCCAGAAACUAUACAACAAUAUUGUGGAAGAGCGAUCUCUGGAUGCUGGUGUUAAUGAACUUGUUCUUGAAUUUGACCCCAAGACCAAAUCACCUGUGGUUGAAAUCCACAAGGAAAUUGCUACGAAACUGAAACCUCAUCAGAUUAAAGGCAUUAAAUUCAUGUGGAAUUCAGUUUUUGAGAGUAUCAACCGAGCAAAGAGUUCUGAUGGCAGUGGAUGCAUUUUGGCACACUGUAUGGGUCUUGGGAAAACUCUGCAGGUUGUUGCUCUUGUACACACUGUUCUUACAAAUGAGCAGCUUAAUAUUAAUACAUGCCUGAUUGUCACUCCUCUCACAACUGUUGAGAACUGGAAAAAUGAAUUUGCUUACUGGACCAAGGACAUCAACUAUGGCGAUGAUCUCAAUGUGUACUCCCUGAGCUCCAUGAGGCCAUCAGACCGGAAAAAUACUCUUCUAGCAUGGAAACGAGAAAGAGGGGUCAUGAUUAUCAGCUAUGAUCUCUACCGCAAUCUUGCCAAUCCUCAGUCAAAGAGAGGCAACAAGAGGGAAAGAGAUAUUUACCAACAGACUCUAGUUGAUGAAGGACCAGACAUGAUAGUUUGUGAUGAGGGCCAUGUUCUAAAAAAUGAAGAGAAGAAACUCUCACUUGUCAUGAGCAGAAUCAAGACCAAAAGGAGGAUUAUUUUGACUGGAACACCACUACAGAACAACCUUCUUGAAUAUCACUGCAUGGUGCAAUUCGUCAAGCCAAACUUCCUGGGAAAUCGCAAGGAGUUUAUCAAUAGAUUUGUGACGCCAAUCAAGGCAGGACAGCACAAAGAAUCUACUCCUUUCCAAGUUAAGGUCAUGAACAAGCGUGCUUGUAUUCUUCACAAGAUGUUGGAACCCUCAGUGCAGCGAUAUGACUAUUCCGUUCUGAAGCCUCAUCUCCAAGAAAAGUUUGAAUAUGUGAUUAAGAUCAAACUGACAGAAGAGCAGAUUAGACUCUAUUCUCACUUCAUGGAAAACUGCGCCCGAAAGAUGUCCAACCAGAAAGGUGCCUGCUUGUUUUCUGACUACCAGAACCUCUUACGUGUGUGGAAUCACCCCUAUGGUUUGAAACUGAGGGCUCUUGAGGAUUUGGAUAAAGAGAAUGAUGAUGAAGACUCUGCUGGUUCUCUAAAAGACUUCAUCGAUGAUGAUGAUGAAGGUGGCAGUUCAAGCUCUGAAAGUGCCAACGGGUAUGAAAACAAAGGAUCCAAGCGGUGCACUAGACAAGAUGUUCAGAAUGGAGAAACUCUUGAUGACCCCAAAGAGAUGAUUGACGUUCCUUUCAUGAACACUUGGUGGAAAGGGAUAAUCUCGGAUGAAGAGUUGGAGCUGCUAAGUAGCGGUUCAAAAAUGGUUCUGCUCUUCUCCAUCUUAAAGGAAUGCCAGGAUAUCGGAGACAAAAUCUUGGUAUUCAGCCAGUCAUUGUAUGCUCUCAAUUUGAUUGAGCACUUCCUCUCAAAAUUGUCAUCAGCCUCUGAGGAAGAGAGGGACCGAGAUUUUUGUGGCCUUCAGGGUGAUUGGGAUUGUGGGAUCAAUUACUUCCGAAUUGACGGAAGCACAAACAUUGAUCAAAGAAACAACUCAAUCAAGAGAUUCAACAACCCAAGAAAUACUGAGUAUGUGCUAUUUACUUCAAGUUUUCAAUAUAAACUAUUGUCUUUUUUCAGGGCCAAGCUUUUCCUUGUAUCAACCAGAGCUGGAGGGCUUGGUGUGAACAUGGUUGGAGCAAACAGAGUUAUCUUGUUUGAUGCUUCGUGGAAUCCUUCAAAUGACAUGCAGUCCAUCUUUCGUGUGUAUCGCUUUGGACAGGCUAAGCCCUGCUACAUUUACAGAUUCCUUGCUGCUGGUACCAUGGAGGAGAAAAUUUACGACAGACAAGUAACCAAGCUGGCUCUCUCGGGCAGAGUGGUGGACAAGCAAGCAAUUGAUCGCCACUUCACGCAAGCUGAUUUGGAGGAGUUGUAUUCUUUCAAUCCGCAUGAAGAGAGUGAUGAAACUCCAUUAUUUCCCAAAGAUCGACUCUUGGCUGAAUUGUACAACAAGCACAAAACUAUCAUUCAACAUUACUUUGAGCACGAUUCUCUCUUGGAGGAUAGACCCGAGGAGAAGUUGACGGCAGCAGAAGUGCAGGCAGCUUGGGAAGAAUUUGAGCAAGACAAGUUUGAAGAAAUCAGGAAGAGAGAAAGUGCUGCACUGUAUGAGGAACAGAUGCGAAUUGCUCGUGCUGCUAGUGCUCAACAGUAUGAUUUGAACUCCGCGCGUCAGCAUGAGCUGAAUCUUCAGAUAUAUAAAAAUCUUGCCAGUAUUCGGCAGAUGGACCCCAACAUACUGAAUAGAUUCAUGCCAAGAGGCCCUGGGAUGCCUCCAAAUAUAUUGCAAAAUCCAAAUGGCAUGCCACAAACUGGAUAUCAGAGUCAUGUAAGCUCAUCGCAUAGAGAUAUGAGAAUGAUGAAUCACCUGGAGGAGAACUCGGUCGUUAUGCUUGACAACUUGGGGAGAAUGUUCAAUUCCAAAUUUCAACAACAGUCCACAUCAGGAGGACCAAGGGUUGGGAACGUAACAAGGGAGAGUGAUAAUGAUGACAUUCAAAUUCUGCCCCAGCCUAGUGUCAGAGUAGUUCCUCGCACUAGUAGUGCAGGCGCACCUCCAGGCCCCUCUGCUUUGCCAUCUCUCACCAUACGGAAAGAUAUUUUUAAGUAACAUUCCAGUGUUUUUGUAUGUAUAGAUUAAUAUUUUAAAUAAAAGUCCAAAUACUUGAAA